UCACUGUGCCUAUGGCGUCAUCCAGGAAGAGCCGUUCUCACUUCUACGAAGUUUGUCAGGUAGCUAAUGGAGUCGAUAGUUAGAAGUACAAGUGGCCUUAAAAUGUUGUAAUGUCUAAACCACUGAUAUACAUAAGCCCGGCAAGAUGGAUGAUAUCAAUUUACACUACAGAUUCCUGAACUGGCGGCGCAGGAUCAGAGAAAUCAGGGAAGUUCGUGCUGUUCGUUAUCAAGAGCGAUACAAACGAAUGCUGAAGAACGGAGACACGCUAAGUUACCAAGGGAACUCUGAUGAAGUUGGCUGCUAUGUGGCUCCACGCCCCUUAUCAAAAGGAAACUGUUACUUUGAGGUAACCAUUAUGGAUACAGGAGUAAGGGGAACAAUUGCUGUCGGUCUGGUUCCUCAGUAUUACAAACUUGACCAUCAGCCUGGCUGGCUUCCACACUCAAUUGCUUAUCAUGCUGAUGAUGGGAAGCUGUACAAUGGCAAUCCUGUCGGUCAGCAGUUUGGUCCUAAGUGUAACCGUGGCGACCGCAUCGGUUGUGGUAUCUAUGCAGACACUUUUGAUGCUGGCCUUGUCACUGUGUUCUUUACCAAGAAUGGAAAGGAGGUGGGGACAGUGGUGGUCCCAGUGGCUAGAGACGGCUUCUUUCCAGCUAUUGGCAUGCAUUCUCUGGGUGAGGAGGUGCGGCUCGACCUGCAGGCAGAAUGGGGUUCAGAGGAGGAAGACAGCGUCAUGAUGGUGGACAGCCAUGAAGAUGAGUGGGCACGCCUUUAUGAUGUCAAAGUCAGCGGCACGCUUCUGGAGUAUGUAGGGAAAGGAAAGAGCAUCAUGGAUGUGGGUCUGGCUCAGGCCCGACAGCCCCUUACCACACGCAGUCACUACUUUGAAGUGGAGAUCGUGGAUGCAGGAGAGAAGUGUUACAUCGCCCUGGGCCUGGCAAGACGAGAUUACCCAAAGAACAGGCACCCGGGCUGGAGUCGAGGUUCUGUCGCCUAUCACGCAGAUGAUGGGAAGAUCUUUCACGGCAGUGGGGUUGGAGAUCAGUUUGGCCCACGCUGUUUCGAGGGCGACAUCAUGGGCUGCGGAAUCAUGUUUCCUCGGGACUACAUGCUGGACUUUGAAGAUGAAAUCGAGGACUGGGAUGCCGCAGACGUACGACCGAAGCAAGGACGCGUGGAAAACUUGCUGUAUUUGAACGAUGAAGAUGAAGAAGAGGAAGAUGACCCAGAACAAGAAAUCGAGGGCCGGAAAGUUAUGGUAUUCUUCACCCGGAACGGCAAGAUCAUCGGCAGGAGAGAGGUGGUGGUUCCGGACGGGGGAUUUUACCCCACUAUCGGGAUGCUCAGCAGUGGAGAGAAGGUGAAGGUGGACCUCCAUCCGCUCAGCGGCUAACAGAGAAACUAAGCAAAUCAAGUUCAAAGUUCCAUCCCUGAUUCCUGCUGUCAGCCAAUCAGCUUCGACCGGACUAACCUGCAAGCGCUCGAAGAAUCGCGGGAAUGGUUUCUUUUUAUGACUUUCUUGUUUUCGAGGCACUUAAAAUGCAACAGAUUAACACAUGUAACACGUUCACAUCGGUGCAUGUUCCAUCGUAGAACUAAAACUGCAGACUUUCACGACUCUACACUUCUUAACGGUUUACUGUGAAACCAUACAGAGAGUUAUGGCAUGGACAUUUAAUGUUGGGCCUGGGAAAAGCUGUUUACCUAAAGAACAAUACCGAAACAAUAUUGUAUGAAGAUAAAUUUGGUUUAUUACAAAUGCAUAGAAAUCUAUAUCAACCUAUAUAUUUUUUAAUGUACGUGUACAUAUGUAAAUGUAUGUAUUGGCUGCUACACAAACAUUUAGGAAAAUCUGUAAUGUAUAUUAGAGAACAGAGCUAAUCGGGUACAGCAUGAGAACGCUUAAAAUCUCAUGUACAUGAGGGAGUAAAGAAAAAAGCCAUGGUUAUAUCACAAUUUCCCACCAACACUCCCCGCACAGAUGAAUCUCGACAGUGGUGACGGUGUGUUGUGGUCAUUUUUUACUCGUUCCGAAUGUCACAUUUAAUCAAGUGCCACUUUUGCUAUUAUUCCUGUCUGAAACUGAGCGGUCGAGGGACGGUGCCAAUAAACAGCGCAGAGCAAUUGCUAAUUGUGAUGUCUGCGGAGACUAAGCGUAUCGUCCCCAGAUGUAUAUCUUACUGUCUCGUGUCAUGACGUACAUUGCAAUUCAGCAACUCCAGACCAGAGAAAAGACACAUUGAAUAGUCUACGUGGAGUCUUAUAAAUAAAUAUCUAUAAAUGCAGCUUAACAAAGCAAUUCGUUCUUAUUUAGUUUAGUGGGUUUUGCCAUCAGGUCUUGGUUCGCGGACGGUUUAUCAGAUUUUGCAGGCAGACGCCACACUGGAGUCUCAUUUAAUUUAGUCAAAAACAUUGAGCUGUUUAUACAGACAUCAUCCGCUGUAAUGUGAACUUGUCUUGUUCACAAGCACUUUAGAGAUGGCCAAACUUAAGCUGAGAGGCCGAGCGGCUGUAAACCUUUGACAUCUGUACGGAUGCUGGUUUGUACACCUCACUGUUGUAAUCUGUCCUUUCUGUUCUGUCCUUUGACAUAUCACACGUGGAACAAAAUGUUUCAGAGAUGUACAUUGCCAAAUUUAAUGUCUACUUUUGUCCCCUUUAAAAUUCUCUUAAAAUGUCUUCAUAUUCGUUGCAUAUGCAAAUCUCAUUAAACUGUUCUCUGUAUUGCUUUGAGUUCAGGUGUCUGUUUCUUAAAUUGUAUUUCAUCACGAGCUGAAUGUGAGUAUGCAGGCUGUUCAAAAUGGAAUGCUUGCAUGAUUGACAGUUGUUUUAGAGUAUGCAAAAAUAAACGUGUAAAAUGGUGGUGUUGUUACAUUGUCACGUGACUACAUUCUGGGCAAUUCCAUGCAAAUGUCAACCUUACCAUGAAAAAAAUGACCAUGUCAACAUUUGGUGGUUUAAAUACCCAUGUGAAGUUUUUAAAGCAUUUUUUUUAUUUUUAAAGAAUGACUUUCCUUAGUCAGGUUAGUGCCGCGUUCAGAAUCGUCACAUCUGUAAUGGUACAUAUUCCUCAUGAAUGUUCACAUAAAAUUAAAAUAUAUAACUUUUUGAUGUUCUAUGAAGAGUCAUCACUUCCAUUUGUUGGGUAUCAUUGGGUAUUUUGGAAUCAAAUGUUCGGCAAAACAACUCAAAACUCUUUCAAAAAAAGAAAUAAAUUGCAGUGAUGUUAUUUCUGUGCGAUUUUAGUUACACUUACAAAAAGGUCAAGUGGCAUAAGGCUUAAUGGCAUACAGCUACGUCAAAAUCUUACGGUUUGCUCUGGGGGUAGAAUUAGGAUGAGAACAGUGCUCAUCCAGUGAGAUUUUGGUCGUAGCUGUAUCCCUUCUGGCCACAACCGGUCAAGUCUGAGCACAUUGCAUAGUGGGAUACAAUAUUGGGUGGAUUAACAACGGGCUCUUCAAAGCAAUUUAGAUCAUAUUAUAACUACAACUUUUAAAACGGUUCUGUUAAAACAGUUUAAAUAUUUAUAUAACAGUUUAUUUUUUGUUUAUUUUUUUCUAACGCAACUUUUAUAGUUUUUAUUUUAAGUGGACACUU